AUGUCUUCAAGAAAGAAGGUGCUAUUGAAGGUCAUUAUCCUUGGAGAUAGUGGAGUUGGCAAGACCAGUCUCAUGAAUCAAUAUGUCAACAAGAAAUUCUCAACCUCCUACAAAGCCACCAUCGGCGCCGACUUCCUUACAAAAGAAGUAACAGUCGAUGAUCGUAUCGUGACCCUACAGCUUUGGGACACGGCCGGUCAAGAGCGAUUCCAAUCCCUUGGUGUCGCAUUCUAUCGCGGCGCCGACUGCUGUGUCCUCGUCUACGAUGUGAACUCAACCAAGUCAUUCGAGACCCUGGAUUCAUGGCGCGACGAGUUCCUGAUCCAAGCUAGCCCUCGUGAUCCCGAGAGCUUUCCUUUCGUUGUCCUGGGAAACAAGAUCGAUUUGGGAGAAGACAGGAGGAUGAUCACACAGAAGAGGGCGCAUGCGUACUGCCAAAAUCGUGGACAGAUGCCCUAUUUCGAGACCAGCGCCAAGGAGAGCAUCAACGUUGAACAAGCCUUUGAGGUCAUCGCGCGCAAUGCUUUGGCUCAGGAAGAGAGUGAAGAGUACGGCGGCGAUUUCUCUGACCCGAUCAACAUCAACCUAGACCAAGACAGAGAUGGAUGUGCAUGCUAA